CAGAAACUGUUCCGGAACCGACAAACGCCAAACGCCAAACGCCAAACGCCAAACGAUUGAAGACAGAAGACAGAGACAACCCCAGAGACGACGACAGAAGGACGGGAACGCCACCAGCAAGGAACUUCGAAUAAGGUCUGGUGCGGUGUGGUGUGGUCUGGUGUGGUUCGACCGGCCAUCCUUGUUCCAGAAACCCCGGCAGAAGCGGGCGUUUCGAGAGUCUAUUCGUGUUGUUGCCAUUUCUGCUGCUGCUGCUGCUAUCGGAAACUGCCAAUACCGCUCCCUCGGUGGACAGCCAAAGCACCUUGAAUGAUGGGAAUCGGGGGAAAGAGAACGGGGCCAGAGGGAUCGGCUGUAACACCGGCAUCGCCAUUCUCAUCGCCAUCGUCGUCAUCGGCUGCCUUUGCUGCUGCUUCUGCGGCUUCUUUGGGACCCAGGGGCACCCGUUCCGGCCCCUUUCGCGAGCCGGUCGUCUGGUCCGCGAUGGUGGUUCUGGCCCUGCUGCUGGUGGCCGGAACCGAGGUCUGGGUCCGUGGCGUUCCGGGAGAGGAGGGAGGAGGAGCGUCCUCCUCGCUCGCCUCGUCCCUAUCUUCCUUUCGGGUGCAGGGCGGGCGCAAGCCCCAGCUGGAUUACGGGGGCAAGCGGGAGCAGAGGACGCACACCACGGCACAGGGCGCUCUCUCUGCCGGAGAUGUCUUGGUGGCGGCCGGUGCUGCUGUUGCUGGUGGUGAUGAUGAUGCUGUUGCUGCCGGUCCUCCCGACUCUGCUGCUGCCGCCGAUGCUGCCGCCGCCGACGAUGCCUUGACGCCCGCUCCGAUUCUGCCCCUCUUCGCGUCGGUGCCAGAUCCGGAGGCCGCCAUCGAACGGCUACUGGCCGGGUCGCCGAGCCUGGCCGGGAUCACCGCGCUGCUGCAGCGGUUCCUGAAAGACCUCCACCUCCGGAACCACAGGCGCCGGUCUUCCAAGGGGGAUGGCCACAGGGCCCUGAGGGAUUUCUACGAGGCCGUGAAAGAGCACCUCGCGCCCUUCGAGGCCAGGUACCGAACCACGAAAGGCACAACGACGGGCGCAAGCGAAAGCAACCACCGGAAGACAAACACAAACACAAACACGAGCACGAGCAACACCCACGGCACCAUUUUUCCCGUCCGUUCCGACGACUCCAUCUUCUUGUCGGUGGCGGCCUUCCGGGAGCACCUCCUGACGGACACGCUGGUUUCGGCCUUUGGGCACGCCAAGAACCCCAACAAGCUCUUUGUGGGGGUCGUGGUGCAGAACUGCUUCGGGGCCAUCUCGUACCGCCACCGCAACCAAACCCACAGCAGCAACAGCAACAGCAGCAACAAUACCGUGGACACCGAAAUCGACAUCGACAUCGACCCGAGCGGAACCCCGUGCCUGACCGGACCAAAGGAGGUGGGAACGACUUCUACUGGAAAGCCCAAGAUGCAGCGCUUGUCCGCCCCGCCCGAUGCGAAUGGGGUUGCAGACUUUUGCGGCCUGCCCGCCUACGAGGCCUACUGCAAAAACGGACAGGUCCGCGUCCUCUACGUCCACGAGUCCGACAGCCUCGGACCGUCCAUGGCCCGCUACUACGCCUCCAAGCUCUACGGCGGGGAGACCUUCUUCGUGCAGAUCGACUCCCACCUGCGCUUCGCGUCGGACUGGGACCAGAAAUACCUCGACGAGCUGAGGCUCACCAAGAACUACCCAAAGUCGAUCCUCAGCACCUACCCACCGGGCUUUGGGCAGAUCCGGUUCAUCCCCAAGCGCAUGAAGCUGGACCGAGAAAGCGUCAACAACGGAACGGUGGUGGAGUCCCCGGGCUGCCGCCUCUGCAACUGCGCCACGCCGCUGGGGGAGCCCAACCCCAUCCUGCACGUCCACCAGGGCAAGGCCUACUUUGGGAACGAGACACGGCCGACCCAGACGCCCUUUCUGGGGGCCGGCCUGCUGGUGGCCCAUUCCUCGCUGCUGGGAGAGGUCCCCUUCGACCCCUACCUGCCCUGGACCUUUAUGGGGGAGGAGAUCCUCCUGGCGGUCCGGGCCUGGACCCACGGCUGGAACAUCUACGCGCCGCGCAAGAACCUCGUCAUCCACCACUACCGGACCCGGUCCAUGGGGAUCCCCAAGUUUUUUUCCUCGGUCAAUGCCAAGUAAGUCCAGCAGAGCCAAGCAUGGUACGGUGCGGUGCGGUGCCGUGCAGUACGGUACGGUACUUGCGGUGCGUGCUACUAGCUGCGCCAAACACCAAACAGCAUUCCUGACGCGUCUUUUUGUGCUUUGUGUUUUUGCUGCUCGUUCUAUCGCUUUCUGGUGCUUGGUGCUUGGCUUGGCUUGGCUUGGCUUGCUCUCGUUUGCCGCGCAAAACCCAAAAGCGCGAAGAGGGGAUACCAGAACAACUGGCUCCAGAGACGCCCCAUCCGGCGCAUCCGGCACCUCUGCGGCUACCCGCACGAGACCGAGGAAGCGAUCGCUUCCGACGGCGAGGCCUUUGUCCUGACCGAGGCAGAAUUCUACGGGAGGGGAUCGGUCCGGUCACUGGAAGACUACAUGGAGUUUGCCGGGAUGACCCCGAACCACACCACCGGCCUCCUGGACUGCGGGCCGGUCCGGUGGUGCAACAAGGGCCUGAAAGACUGACACUUCGCGGAAGCAGCAGCAACAGCAGCAGCGGAAAGACGGGGAUCAUCCGGGGUCCCUGCCACUCCGGGAGCAGGGAGGAGUGUGGCAGGAACGGAAUCCUCACAGUGCGUUCGUGGUCGUCCCAUUGCGAGCUCUGGUGUCUCGGAAUCGAUGUUGGCAUCGAGCCGGUGAUGGAGCUCGGAUUGUAUUGAUUCUGGGCACCGAGCUUGCCACCGAGCUAGGUUCAAAAGGAAGCACUUUCAUCGGUACUACCGGUGGUACUGCACAAGGCAUUCCCGACAAAACACCACCAGGAGAACCCGGGGGGAACCGAGUCUGACUUUGGAUAGGAAUUGCCAAGGACCGAUCCGCAACAAGCCUUCUAGAACUUUCUCCAAGAGGCAGACAAUCGUUGGUUGGGGCACGACGACAUCGGAACGGAUAGCCACGGGCAUCCAAGUGAUACGAAUCGUCCUCCACGGAAUAAUACGGAAUCGAACACACACUCGAUGAAGCAUCCUCGCGGCGGGAGAGACACCCGAGGUCUGAAAAACAAAAAGCCCCACCGUCCUCAACAUCCACGACGCGACGAUCCACGAUUUUCGGGGUGGGCGUCCGGUUUUCUUGGACGCCCUGUAGCACCACGAUUUUUUGUGAAACAAAAGAAACAGUCGAGGGCAUGCGGGCGCAUUCGUCGCAGCAGCAGUGGAAUAGCUGGAAUAUUGUUUUUGUAAUGAUACUUUGUACGGGGCAUCGCCCGUAGUACUGAAUUGAUGGAGGAUUCUAUCGUGUGUAUUGUGGUCGGUUUUCUGGUUGGUCAAGACCCAUUUGGCGUAACAACUACGCGAGACACAGACUACGCAGGUCGAGAUUAUUAUCCGAACCAUCCUUGAAAGAACAACAGAAUGACGAACCUGAGCAGCGACUCGACGCAGACAAAAUUUGCUAGCUUUGGGGGCAUGAAAGGGUUCGAUUCAAUGAAUGUGCGUCGACAACGAAACGACUCCAUGCUACAGAAAUCACGAGGUUGCAACCCAAAGUCGUUCCUGUCGAUUUCGAUUUUGUUUUUACCGCGGUGCGAACUUUUUCCCUUGAAUGGAAUGGAGCAGUCCGUAGAUGGGUAGUAGGUAGCAGACGGGAAACACGCCACAACGACUUAUGAACCAUUCAUACAAGACCGCCGAACGAAUCGCGUGGUGUGAGUGUUUGGCAGGAGAUUCGCCGAUUGACGGGAAUUGCUUUCCUACGACUCGUAUGCCGACGGAACACGCACAUCCGAUUCGUUAGCCCAUGCAAACACACCAGAGGCAGGUACAAACACGACAGAUAAGUGAAACGAGUUUAUUCAAACCCGUGUACUCGUUUGGCGGCAUGCGGGGACGGUUGGUUGGUAGAAUCGUAUAAGUAACUAUAGUUAUAC